GGUAACGACGAUGAACGGGAGAGGCGGCAGCGCCGGCGCUCGAAGGUCGCCGACAUCCAGCUCAGCGCCACCAACUCGCCGCUGGGCAUCGCCUCCCCCUUGCCUAAGCAGGCAGAGGAGAGGCUGAAAGAGACCCUGCGAUGGACCAACGCUCAGAUUGCAGAACAUUACAACACCUGCAUCAAGCUCUCCGCAGAGAAUAAAAUCACCAUGAAGAAUGCCUUUGGCUUACACCUGAUAGACUACAUGACUGAAAUCCUGAAACAGAAGGAAUCUGAAGGGACUGACUUCAAGCUGGCCGCUGGCACUCUGGACGCCAGCGCCAAGAUCUACUCGGCGCGGGUGGACGUGAUCCACACAGACACCUACAAGGUUCUUGGAGGCUUGGGCAAGGAUGUGGCACCUACAAACAACAUGGACAGCUCAGAGGAAGAAGCCAGCACAGCUCCUGAGGCUGCCAAGAGAGCUCUGAAGAAGAGCAAACGAAGCUUCAAAACCAUCGCACAGGACGUGAGCAGCAUCGACCGCCCCGAGGCCAGCCACAGGUGUGAGGUUGAUCCCAUGUUCCAGAGGACAGCUGCAGCCUUUGACCAGUGCAGCACAGCUGGUGUCUUCCUCAGCAGGACACACACCUCAGGCUGCCAGAGUGAGCUGCUCUUUGACUCCAAGCUGGUGCCUCUGCCUGCUGCAGCCACACUGACAGCACCCAGCACUGAGCCAGUGGCAGCUGCAGGACUGAAGGCCCUGCUUGAAAAAUGCCUUGAGAAACGUCCCAUCUGCUCCUCCCUGGCUGGUUUCCAGUUCACAAAGUGGGAUGCUGAAAGCCAUGAUGAGUCAGUGUCAGCCCUGCUGGAGAAGUUCAAGAGGAGUGACGAAGUGUUUGAUGUCAACGGGGAGGUGGACAUCGACCUGGAGGAGUCUGCCCCUGCCCUGCCUGAGAGCAGCUUCUGCUCAGACUCCCCCAGGGGUGCAGCAAGAAGUCAGCUUGGGGAAUUCCAGGAAAACCUCAACACCUUUGGCACAACCGACCAGAGCUACAGAGGUAAGGUGUUGAGCUUGGAAGAGGGAGACAUUGGCAUCCUGAGCCUGCACCUCUCCAUGAAGCCAGGGGAAUAUUCCUACUUCAGCCCCAGCACGCUCUCCUUGUGGGCUGGCCCCGAGCACUGGCGCUUCAAACCUCACCACAGGGCUACUGCUCAGAUUCCAGGACAGAGCAAGAGCAGGAGUGCAAAGAAACCCUUUGAGAUAGGCUUUGAUGAGAGCAUUGACUUCAACAGGGACUUCUGUGAGACCAAGGCACCUGUCACUCUGGCCAGAUCCCUUCAGGACAGUAACAACUCCAAGAGCACCACACUGCCUCCAGACUUCAACUAUGAUCCUGGCAAUAUUUUCCAGAUGUUUCUCAAGCCAGAUAUUAAGAUCUCCAGGAUGUUGGCUGCAGGCAGCUCCUUGGAGCCCAGGGCUGGGAUCGGUGACUACGACUACAACAACCCCAAUGAUACCUCCAACUUCUGCCCUGCCCUGCAGGCUGCAGACAGCGACGAUGACAAUGACUUUGCUCACUGCACAGGCCAGGCAGAGGGCUUCAACCUGCCUGCCUACCCUGAAGGGCAAGGUGCUGAGCUCAGCAGAGUCAAUCUCACAACCUAUGGAGAGCUGAACCUCAUUCCUGAGCCCCAGAAGGUCAACAAGCUCAGGAUCCAGUAUGCAAAGACAGCCAAGAAAAUUGACAUCAAGCACCUGAAGAAAAACAUGUGGGGCCUCUUGACUGAGAAGAAAGAUGCAGCAGAGGAGGAAGAUGCAGAGGAAGAGGAGGACAAAUCAGUGGUAGCAGGAGAGAAGACCUUGAGCAGCAUCACACAGGAACUGCAUCAGAGGCUGCCUGCCCAAAUGGCUCAGGAGCUCUCUGUCCCCUUGGCCUUUGCCUGCCUCCUGCAUUUGGCCAACGAGAAGAAUCUGAAGCUGGAGGGCAGAGAGGACCUCUCUGAUGUCAUCAUAACACAGGACAAGACCAAGCUGGACCAGCUGGACCAGCUUGGUCCUGCUGGCAUCAUUCAGCCCCUCAACCAGGACCACAGCCCCCUGACCAUGACCACAGCCCCUCGACCAGGACCACAGCCCCUCAACCAGGACCACAGCCCCCUGACCAUGACCACAGCCCCUCGACCAUGA